AUGACUCAAAUGACUUUUACAGGUCCAACGACAGCACUAACUCCAGUCCCGUACAUGUGUUCUUAUACAUUUGAGAUACCAAGUUCAGAAGAGAGUUUUUCAGACAUUUUAGACAUAUUAAUGGAUAUCAUCAAACAAUUUUCAAAAUACAUCCGUGGCUUCACGGAUAUCACAACGAAGUCGUAUGAGUUCAUAAUGAAUUUUUUCAAAAAUACGUGGGUAGGCAAGAAAAUAUUUUCUUUGUUAAGACAGAUGGUUGGCUUCUACGACAUUUUUGUUGACAUUGAAAAUCUGAAAAAAGACGAACAGCUCAAUGAAGACAUUGAGGAAUUGAAACUUCGUACUUUAUUUUUGAAAAUAAAAAUUAUACAAUGGAAGAAAACCAUAUGGGACAAAGGGGUCGUUUCUUUAUUCGCCGAAUUAAACUACAAAAAUUUGGAAAAUCGCGCCAAAAAAACUGUUCUUGAAGCGUCCCAGAAAAUUGCAGGGUUUGUCAAUUCGUUCUUCAAAAAGUAA